AUGCCUAAAGACAAUCAGGGAAAUUCAUACCGACACAAGUCCUCUGGCACUAAUUCCGACGGAAAUCAUUACUGCUCCAGGGACUAUGGCUCUGACGCGCCGAACCAGAAUAGCUACCACUACAGCAAUAAAGAUCGUAGCUACUACUACUCCAACCCUGACGGUUCUAGGUACUACAAUGACGGCAAAGGACACUCCGUGUACACGAGCCCGGAUGGAAGUAAAACGUUCAAGUGA